AUCCCUUUUCCAUCUCGUACCAAUAUAUUCAGUCUCUGUCUCACCCACACGGCGCUCUUUUAUCAGCAGACGGAGGGGAAAGAGGGCUCAAUUUUUACCUGUGUAUUAGAGAGCAAAAAUGAGUCGGGCGGCAGCAGCAGGAGCAAAGGGAAAGAAGAAGGGAGCGUCCUUCGUCAUUGAUUGCGCUAAGCCGGUGGAGGAUAAGAUCAUGGAUAUCGCCUCUCUCGAGAAGUUCCUCCAGGAGAGGAUCAAGGUUGGUGGAAAGGCCGGUGCUCUUGGUGACUCUGUUACCGUUACUCGUGAGAAGAACAAGAUCACCGUUACCUCCGACAGCAACUUCUCUAAGCGGUAUUUAAAGUACUUGACCAAAAAGUACUUGAAGAAACACAAUGUGAGGGACUGGCUUCGAGUUAUUUCUUCCAACAAAGACAGGAAUGUUUAUGAAUUGCGCUACUUUAACAUUGCCGAGAAUGAGGGAGAGGAGGAAGAGUGAAGACUCGGCUCAGUAUUUCUUCUGAUUAUCUGUUCUGUUUACUCAUUUUAGGGCCUCCGUUAUCGAUAUUAGCGGUUGGGUUUUCCUCACUUGUUCUUUGAAAUUUUGGCUACUGAUAAGUGGAUUUCUAUUUUCAAUUUUCAUGUAUUAGAUGCUAUUAAUACAAUCCGAAUUUCUUUCUA